UGCCGCGCCAGCGGGCGAUGUGAGAGCCAAGCGCCCAGAUUCCGCUCCAUGUCAGUAGAAAUGGACAGCAGCAGUUUCAUUCAGUUCGAUGUGCCCGAGUACAGCAACACGGUCCUGAGCCAGUUAAACGAGCUUCGGCUGCAAGGGAAACUCUGCGACAUCAUCGUGCACAUUCAGGGGCAGCCGUUCAGAGCCCACAAAGCGGUCCUCGCCGCCAGCUCCCCGUAUUUCCGGGACCAUUCCGCGUUAAGUACCAUGAGUGGCUUAUCGAUAUCGGUCAUUAAGAACCCCAACGUCUUCGAACAGUUACUCUCGUUCUGUUACACUGGAAGGAUGUCCUUACAGCUGAAGGACGUGGUGAGUUUCCUCACCGCCGCCAGCUUCCUUCAGAUGCAGUGCGUCAUCGACAAAUGCACCCAGAUCCUGGAGAGCAUCCACUCGAAGAUCAGCGUCGGCGAGGUCGACUCGGUCACGGUCGGCGCCGAGGAGACUCCCGAAAACCGCAACGGCGUGAAGGACGGCAGCUUCUUCGCCAAUCCGGUGGAAAUCUCCCCCCCGUACUGCUCCCAGGUGCGGCCGCCCGUGGUCGGCGGCGACCUGCGGAUGGAAACGGGUCCGGGCAAAGCCCCGCGGGGCCGCGGGGCCCAGGAAGAAGGCCACUCGGACCGAGGGAGCUGCGGAAGCGUGUCCGAAUACGAGAUCCAGAUCGAGGGGGACCCCGAGCCGGGGGACCUGCUCGUCCGAGAGAGCCAGAUGGCGGAGGUGAAAGUGAAGAUGGAGAAGUCGGAGCGGCCCAGCUGCUCCGACAGCUCGUCCCUCGGGGACGACGGCUACCACACGGAGAUGGUGGACGGGGAGCAGGUGGUGGCGGUGAACGUCGGCUCCUACGGCUCCGUGCUGCAGCAUGCGUACUCGUUUUCGUCCCAGCCCGCCUCCCAGCCCCCUGGUGUGCCCGAGCCUUUUGGGGGCGGCAGCCAUUCCAGCCCAUCCAGGUCCAUGCUGAGCUGCUUCAGGGGAGGCCGGGCGCGCCAGAAGCGGGCCGCCGGCCACCUGCACGGCGACCUCCAGGGCCCGGGGCCCGGGGCCGACGGCGACGCCGCGCCCGGCCAGCCGGGCUACGAGGGCGGCCCCCGUGAGCGCGGCGCCAGGGGCCACUGGUACCCUUACAACGAGCGGCUCAUCUGCAUUUACUGCGGCAAGUCCUUCAACCAGAAGGGCAGCCUGGAUCGGCACAUGCGGCUCCACAUGGGGAUCACGCCCUUCGUCUGCAAGUUCUGCGGGAAGAAGUACACGCGCAAGGAUCAGCUCGAGUACCACAUCCGCGGCCACACCGACGACAAACCCUUCCGCUGCGAGAUCUGCGGCAAGUGCUUCCCCUUCCAGGGCACCCUAAACCAGCACCUGCGGAAAAACCACCCCGGCGCGGCCGAGGUCCGGCACCGCGGCGACUCUCCGGAGCGGACGGAGGCCUUUGCGGAGCAGAAGGUCGACGACGACGCCUCGACGGUGGAGGUGGCUCUGGAUUCUGGCCCGGAGGGCCACUCGGUGGCCAACACCCCCGAUUGAGAGCCCAGAUGCCCCGAGCGACCCAAACCAAGCACAUUUUAGCCGCUGCAUUUAUUUUUUUUCAAUUUUUUUUGGUUCGUUUGCUGGCUUGUUCGUUUUGUUUUUCCUUGUUUCAGUGAUCUCUGAUUAGCACGGGCGUGCUAGCCUUUCUUUUCCCUCGACCGUACGGGAACGGGUCUGUCCCCCGGCGGGCUCUCGGUGAUUUCCGGACGGAGCACGUCACGGCGUUUGCCCUUUGCUUCUGAGGAGCCCGAAGGAGCUCGCCGUCCAGAGGGGGACGCUCCCCUUUGGCCGAACUGCCCUCCCCCUGCCCUCCCACCUUCCGUCAGUGACUCGAGAGAGUCAGCCGGGCGACCCUCCCUCGGCGGCCGGGAGGUGUGUUCUCCCUCGACGGGCGCGCUGACUCCCGUUGGCUCUCGUGGGGGGCUGCGCGUGACCGUGGAGGGAGAAUUAGAAGCCUCUGGGCGGGAU